AUGGUGUCCUUUAAGGAGAAGGGUAAUGAUAUUUUCUCCAAACAUGCGUCCAAUGACGGUCAUGAUGUGAGUCCUAGAAUAGGUCACGAAUACCAGGCGGAAAUUCCUUCAGUGCUUAAGAAAUCAGAGCAGGACUCAUUUCAAAUGAAUCCUGCAGAUUCUGAAGCAGUGCAUGAUAAAUCCCUUUCCUUUGAAAUUAUUUUGGAGGAUAAUGAACACGAGGAGAUGGGAUAUCAUGAAGAUAGUGAAAAUCAUAAGCUGGCCCUUGACAGAUCGAGUAGCACCUGGAAUGAUGCUGAUACAAAAAGUUUUAUACUUGGUUUGUUUAUUUUCGGGAAGAACUUUAUUCAGAUAGAAAGAUUCUUGGAGAACAAAGGGAUGGGGGAAAUACUUUCUUUUUACUAUGGAAUGUUUUACAGAACGGAUGGAUAUCGUAGAUGGUCGGAGUGCAGGAAGUUAAAAGGAAGAAAAUGUAUGAUUGGAGAUAAACUUUUUACUGAGCUGAGGCAACAUGAACUAUUGUCUCGCUUGAAUCCCCACGUCUCUGAAGAAUCUCAAGAUACUAUGUUACAGGUUUCUAAAUCUUAUGCGGAGGGAAGAACUUCUCUAGAAGAAUACAUAUCUUCUUUGAAGUCCGCUGUUGGACUUCGCGUUCUUGUUGAAGCAGUAGGUAUUGGUAAUGAGAAGGGAGACCUGACUAGGUUUGGUAUGGAACCUGGGAAGAAGAAUCGCGCACUUCCAGCGCAAACAUGCAAAGAUUUGUCUUCUCUUGGACCCAAUGAAAUAAUACAAUCUUUGACGGGAGGAUUCAGGCUGAGCAAAACCAAAAGUAAUGAUCUUUUCUGGGAAGCUGUUUGGCCCCGCUUAUUGGCAAGAGGUUGGCACUCCGAGCAACCAAAGAAUCGAGGCUAUCUUACCUCCAAAGAUUAUCUGGUUUUUCUUAUUCCCGGCAUUGACAAGUUUUCAAGGAGGAAACUUGUGAAAGGUGAUCAUUACUUUGAUUCUGUUCACGAUGUCUUGAGCAAAGUAGUAGCUGAACCGAAUAUUCUUGUGCUCAAAGAAGAAGAAAAAGCUAAAGUUGCUAGCUGCAAUGAGGACAAGCCAGUAAAGGGAUCGAAUGAAGAUGAUUUAUCUGUUGAUCAUCGUCAACGUUACCUCAAGCCCCGAUGUUCUACCUACAGUAAAGAUCAUACCAAAUUCAUGGUUCCUGAUACCAGUUUGGUACAUCAGGGAAAGCCAAUCGAUUUAAGGGAAUUGAAAUCCGUGCCUGUUAAUUCAGCGCCUAGAGUUGAGUUAGAUCCUGCUGGUAAAAAAUAUAAAGGGUACAAAUAUACAAGGAAAGUGAAGCAUAAGAAGGAUAUGUCUGAAAGCAUUAAACAAAAUUUGACAAAGUUGACAGCUAUUGAUACCAAUAGACUUUCUGAUGGAAAACUAUUGAAGCUGAAAGUCAAACUGAAACGUCCACCAGUUAAAUCAGAAGAUGCUUCUACGAUGACUAAUGGUCUUCUGAGAGAAAGUAACCAAGGCUCUCCAACAGAUUAUUCACCGAGCAUGGCGGAAGCUAAUAUGUUGAUAUAUGGCAAAAGGAAAAUCAAUAAAACUGAUUGUCUCAUGGGUGUAUCUAACAGUGGUGCUACCAGUAAAAAAGGCGCAUGUGAUAAUCUUGUUAAUGAUGCAAACAAUAUGCUCCAAAGCCAGAAAAAUCAAAACACCAGUGUGUUUGAUAAUAUUCCACUUGACAAGAUCAUAAAGCAUCAAUUCAACCGGAAAGUAAGAUCCGGUGAUUCUAAUCAUGCAGCUGUUCCUAUUAAAAGGAGGAGAUUGACUGCUUGUGUCAAAGCAGAGAAAAGCCGCAUCAUUGAAAAAAUUUCAGGAGGUUUGGGAUCAGAAAAAACAGGAUUCUCUCUGUCUUCUAGCUUUCCAGAUGCCAACAAAAAUUUGUGUGAGCCAGUUGGUCUUCAGCAGAAUGAGAGUUCAACUGCUUCUUCAGUGGACAGAAGUGUGGAAGAGAAUACUGAGAAGAACAUUCUCUAUGAAAGUAAUCAAUGCGGGAGUGUUUCUUGUGUUAAAGUUGAGAAAUGUGAAUCUUUCACCUUCAACAUACCACAGGUUCCGUCAAAUUCUGAAAAUAACAAAACCUUGGCAAUGGCGGCGGAAGGUGAACAAGACCUAAAGGCAAAAGGUCCAUGUCUAACUUCUUCUACUCAUAAAGUAGUUGAGGAGCUUCUUAGAACCCCUUGCCAUGUUGAUUCUUUGGAACAGCAUCCUGAUAUAAAACCCAGGAGGCAGAGCACGAGAACUCGACCAUUGACAGUUAGAGCAUUGGAAUGUAUAGCAAAUGAAUUCUUGAAUGCUCAAAAGAGACAGAAAAAGAAAGACGGCCAGCUACACAAAGAUCCUUUCAAUCCUUGUCGCAAGGCUCGUACAAGAGGCAAAACAAUGAUGAGUCGAAAUUGCUUAGAUAAUGGGAAUGCAGUUUUAGUACAAGAGGAAAAGCAUUUGAAUGGAGACGGCAGUGUUAGUUAA